AAGUCAAAGGAAAAGGAAGGUCGAAAAUCAUAGAAUCGAAAGUUUUUUUAUUUUUAUUUGGCGAUCGUUCUUCUUCUUCUUGAACUCGCUACCAUCGACGCUCAAAUCCUGAAUACAAUCUCUUCUCAGUUGUAAUCUCAUCAAUUAUCAUCUAUUCAGGGCUAAGCUAUGGGAUGUGCUACUUCUCUUCCAGAUAGGAACUCUGGAGCUUUAAGUGGUCUUAGCAAUUCAGAGAAUGCUGUUCCAGCUGAUGCUAAAAAUCUACGUGUGAAGUUAGUUCUAUUAGGAGAUUCUGGUGUUGGUAAAAGCUGCAUUGUCCUUCGAUUUGUCCGUGGUCAGUUUGACGCUACAUCUAAGGUAACUGUUGGAGCCUCGUUCUUGUCCCAAACAAUAGCAUUGCAAGACUCUACCACAGUGAAGUUUGAAAUAUGGGAUACAGCAGGACAAGAGAGGUAUUCUGCUCUUGCACCACUAUACUACCGUGGAGCUGGAGUUGCUGUUAUUGUGUAUGAUAUAACAAGUCCUGAAUCGUUCAAGAAAGCUCAGUAUUGGGUUAAGGAACUGCAAAAGCAUGGAAGCCCAGAUAUUGUUAUGGCUCUGGUUGGUAACAAAGCUGAUCUACAUGAGAAAAGAGAAGUACCAACCGAGGAUGGGAUAGGGCUUGCAGAGAAAAACGGCAUGUUCUUUAUUGAGACGUCAGCCAAGACAGCCGAUAACAUAAAUCAACUAUUUGAGUGUACACAUGUCUGAUAGGAAAUCGGCAAGAGGCUACCUCGUCCUGCUCCUUCGUCAUGAUUGGAGUGUUGAAUCAUCUCAUCUUGAGGGAAGCAAAAAACCCCGUUUUCAGACUACUAAUCUUUUUAUACAUUUAAUGUAAUGUUUUUAAAACAAUAUUUAUCUAUGUGUUAAGUGUGUUGUAUAAUGUGAAGAUUUGAGUUUGAAACUGGGGAAUAUAUUAAGAACCUCAAAAAUGGAAACCCAAGUGAUUAAGCAAUGAAUCAAUCAUAAAGUACAUAUUUGAGUCGGA